AAAAAAUUAUUGAGUGGGCAUCCUGCAUAUUCUUGUGAAUUUCACAAAAAAAUUUUUUAGCAAUUCCACAAACAUACUUAGUCUAGGGUGACCAGCACCCCUAAAUCUUUUCAGUCAACUGUGUUCAUUUGUUUGGAUAUAUAAUCCCAUAAAGUAAUAAUUCUCCAAUCUAAUCUAAUGCAUCUCUGCAAUUAAUUUGGGUUUCUGAUGCAGCUAUACAACAUUGUUUUUAUCGUGCUACUAAACAAGAAAGUAAAAAAGGGUGUCUAUUCAUUUAGUUAUAUUUCUUUAAGUAUGAAAUGUUUUACUAAAAACAACAGACAAUUAAGUAUUUUAGAAUCGUUUUGCUGACUGACAACUUUUUGAAUAUUCAGUAAAAAUAUUAAAUACGCAACAUUUUCAAUGUUAUGCCAAAUGAGCAUAUUGAUGGCCAUCGUUCAAACGCUAGGAGAUGCAGGCAAGGAUGCCUUAAGUUAUCCUGAGUAUUUUAUGAUAUUUUUUUUAGAAACGCUAUAAGUCUUAAGCAGUCAAAGGCAAUCUUAUAUUUAAGGGAAAUAUUAACCUAAAAAGACAUACGUGAAUAACUUUUUUUUUUAGUUUAAAAAUAUUAACAAAUCAUGUCAUAUGUACUGGCAGCUGCUACAAGCGUUUUACAGUUAGACUUGGUUGAUGAAGUCAAAGAUUUUUUGUCAUCAAUUCCUGAGUUUUUUUCCACGAUGAAUUCUUACCUACCAGAAAAUAAGUUUGUAAGAACUGUUAUAUAUACUGCAGGGGGUUUCUCACUGAUUCAGUUAGCACCAUACCUGUUACGGCAUACAGAAAUAUUUGACUAUUAUUAUCGCCACAUGGCUUACAUUCACAGGAGCUGUCCCCAGAUAAAAGAAUGGAAGGAAGAACUAUUGAAAGAGCUCAAAGAGAACACUGUUCACCUUCCCAAACUAAACGAUGAUAAGCUGGUUAUAUUGGAGAUAAAUGCUGGAGGUGGUGCACAUAUGACGUAUUAUCCAAAAGGUGCUGUUGUCAUAGCAACUGACAUGGACGAAUCAUAUGGCGAGAAGCUGUUGCAGAAUUUUGAAAGCGAGACUGGCAAGCCUUUGUUGGAUCAAAUCUCUUUGAAUCGAUUUAUACACACAAUUCCAGAAGAGCUUUUUAAUGUACCAGACAAUUCAGUUAGUGCUGUUGUAUGUAUCCAUACAUUAUGUCAAGCUAGAGGACUGGACAGGGCUUUGUCGGAAAUUAAAAGAGUUUUACUUCCAGGCGGACGUUUUUAUUUUAUCGAACAUAUACAAGUACCAAAGUUAUUUAGUAUGCAGUGGUUUCAACAAAUACGAUUCUUAGUUACGUUUGCUAUGGUUUCGUGCCAUGUUGGAAGACCGACGCAGAAAGCUAUUGAGAAAGCGGGAUUUUCCGAAACAAAAUGUGAAAAGUUUGAUGCCGACUUUAGUAAUGUGUUUAAUAAACCUAUUCAUGCUUUGUCACCUCAUAUAUAUGGUUUUUGUGUCAAAUAGAAAUAAGAGGUGAUUUUUUUAAUAUUUUUAGUUUAUCUAGCUUUGAAAUACUUAAAGCUUACCUCACGUCUGGGAAUCUAUUUUUAAAAAAAUAAAUGCUUAUUGGUUCUCAACUUUUUAAGUUCUUUCAUGUUAAAUCCACUUGUUUUGCGCAAAGGCUUCAAGUCAGAUUUUAAAUCGAAAUGUCAAUACACGUAUCAGUUAAUCUGGUGGGCAGUUCAAUUUUUUAUGUUGUUUCGAAAAUCAUUUAGCAAUCCUUAAAACCAAAAACAUACGUUACAAUACGUUGUAUAUCUUAAAUUUGAAAUGCAGCCUUACACGAAUAUUUUUCAUUAUUAUAAAAACAUUUUUUAUUGGAUGAAAACAGAACCACGGGCACACGUAAACUAUAUUAACCAACUUAUAAGAUAAAUACCGCGCGUGAUUUUGAAGCUCACAAUCGGCGCGUCAUUUAUGAAUAUGCAAUUAAAGAACCACUUUAUUUGUUGCAGUGACGUUUUGUUUUAAGUAAUUUAUUAAGACAUUUGAAUAUAAAUCUUUUUUUUUAUUUUAUUUUUAUAUUUUAUUACUUAUAUCACAACGGAAGAGGAAGGCUAGGUUAAAAAUUUGAUCAAUCUCCACUUU